AUGGGGUCUAGAAGGGAUAAUGAUGGACGGUUGAAUAUGGAUGCAGUAAGAGACGAGAGAGAAGAUGUUUCAACACAAUAUACUGCUGAAUGGCUCAGCAAUGUUCAAAUGCCCCCAAAGGCCCACUCUGUUGUUCAAGAUAUUGAUGAACCCCAUUCGCCUAGAGUUUCUAGGUCUGCCCCUGCAUUAAGUGUCAAGUCAAGGCAGAGUAAUGCAGGCAUCAGUAGAAGCAAGUUGCAGUUGCAGUUAAGGCAACUGAAAGAAAAACAACAAUUAGAUAGGGAAGCUCGGCAUUUAGAACUAGAAAUGCAAAGACAAGAAUUAGAACUAGAAAGGAAACGACGAUUCGCUGAGAUUGCAGAAAGAAAGGAAUUGCAAGAAAUGGAAGCUAAGUUAGCACAUGCUGAGCUCUUGGAACAAUUCGAAGUCGAUAGUGAUGAUCAGAUCUCCGAUGAUGGUAACAGAGAACUGAAUAUGAUGAGUCAUGACCAUGAGGGAAAUGGACCUUAUGAUGAUGCGGAACAACGUGAUGCGGAACGUCGAGAUACGGAGCGUCGAGAUGCGGAAAGUCGAAAUGCGGAGCGAGGAGAUGCGGAACGCCGAGAUGCGGAAAGUCGAGAUACGGAGCGUCGAGAUGCGGAACGCCGAGAUGCGGAAAGUCGAGAUACGGAGCGUCGAGAUGCGGAACGUCGAGAUACGGAGCGUCGAGAUGCGGAACGUCAAGAUGCGGAACAACGUGAAACGGAACGUCGAGAUGCGGAGCGUCGAGAUGCGGAACGUCGAGAUGCGGAACGUCGAGAUGCGGAACGUCGAGAUACGGAGCGUCAAGAUGCGGAACAACGUGAAACGGAACGUCGAGAUGCGGAACGUCGAGAUGCGGAAAGCCGAGAUGCGGAAAGACGAAAUGCGGAGCGAGGAGAUGCGGAACGUCAAGAAGCGGAGCGACGGGAGACCGAAAGUAGAGAAUUAUAUCGAAGAGACGAACUCUUUAGUCAUGCAAGAUAUAAUGCUGAACAGUUUCGAAUGCCAUAUGGAACAUACAAUAACACGUUUAUGAAUCCCCAAGUGCCCACAACACAAAUGUACCAGCGAGGUUAUACAACGGAUCAACAAACCCAAUUAGUACACCCUAACUUUGUUCCAACGAUGUAUCAGGAUGCAGUUCAAAGUUCGUGUCCACAGUACGGGAAUGUUCAUUCCCAUAAUCGUCAGUUUCAACAUCCAACAUCCGAUAGUCAACAGAUGUUCGAACAACAACAACAAGCUUUGAGAUUGAUGGCAACUACAAUUGGGUCGACAAUAAGUAAAGGUUUUGUGAUGCCUAAACGCGAAUAUAUGUCUUUCGAUGGGAAUCCAUUAGACUACCCUAGCUUUACAACAAAUUUCAAGACUAAUGUGGAAGACGGCGAAAGCGAUCCCAACGUUAGACGCACUUAUUUGAUCCAACUCUGUACGGGAAAGGCAAAGGAAGCCAUCAGUGGAUCUGUGAUGUUACCGCCGGAAGAGGGGUACAAAAAGGCAAAGUCUAUUUUGCAUGAAAUGUUUGGGCAGGCUCAUAUUGUGGCUGCUUCUAACAUUGAUCGAGUGACGAAAGGUUCUAUAAUUAGAGAAAAUGAGAGUGAAAAGCUUAUGCAGUUAGCCCGAGACAUGGAAAACUGUGGAAUGAAUUUGAACAAAUUGGGCUACCAAUCAGAUAUAAACUCAAGACACAACAUCAGGGCGAUUGUUUUACGGCUGCCAAAAUACCUCCGUUCAGAUUGGGCCAAAGAGGCGAAUAAGCUUAGAGAUCAAAGAAGUGAACCAGAUUUCGCAGCACUCACAAAGUUUGUAGUAAACAAAGCUAAGUUGGCAAAUACUGAGUAUGGUCGGCUUGUUAAUGUUAAAAUGGACUGGGAAAGGAACAAAACCAAGUCUUAUGGUAAACAACAGAGGAACGUCUCAGCUUAUCAAGUGUCGAAUAUUUCGUCAAACGAAGAACAAGAUGGUAAACGAAACAUAACAAUGAAGUUAAAAUGCAUUUUCUGUAGUAAGGAAGGCCAUUCGCUAG